GCAUAUUAAUCCUUGUUAUUCUUCUUAUGUUAGAAUUAAAUUUCGAAGACCACAACUUUGCCGUUGCCCGAGUUUCAAAUUGCUCCUCUCAUAUAAUUUUCCGCGCGUCCCGUUGAUUACAGACUGAUUAUUUUAAUUUUUAAUUUUUAAUUUUUUUUGAAAAUCAAUUGAGCACUCGACCACGGAGACGGAGAUCCAAUGGCGAGCGAGACUGCAGAGACCAGCAAGGAAGCGAGGCUGGCCAUUCUUGAACUCGCCAACAUGAUCAGCGUUCCCAUGUCUCUAAACGCCAUCGUCCGCCUCAACGUCCCCGACGCCAUUUGGCAAGGCGGCUCCAACACCCCCCUCUCCGCCGCCCAGAUCCUCCGCCGCGUCCUCCCCUCCUCGAGCGGCGACGCCGAGAACGUCCAGCGCCUUCUCCGCAUGCUCGCCUCCUACGGCGUCUUCCAGGAGCACCUGACCGCCUCCGACGACGGUGGCGACGACAACCGCACCUACUCGCUGACGGAGAUCGGCAAGACCCUCGUCACCGAUGGGGACGGCCUGUCUUAUGCGCCGUACGUGCUGCAGCACCACCAGGAGGCGCUCAUGCGCGCGUGGGGCCUGGUCCACGAGGCCGUGAUGGACCCCACGACGGAGCCGUUCGCGAAGGCCAACGGAGAGCCGGCGUACGCCUACUACGGGAAGGAGCCGGAGAUGAACGGGUUGAUGCAGAGGGCGAUGUCGGGGGUAUCGGUGCCGUUCUUAAGGGCGAUGAUGGAGGGCUACGACGGGUUCACUGGGGCGGAGCGAGUGGUGGAUGUGGGUGGGAGUGCAGGGGAUUCCCUGAGAAUGAUCCUAGAGAAGCACCCCAAUGUGAGAGAAGGGAUCAACUUUGAUUUGCCGGAAGUCGUGGCGAAAGCUCGGGAAAUCGCCGGUGUCAAGCACGUCGGCGGUGAUAUGUUCAAGUCAGUUCCAGCCGGUGACGCUAUCUUCAUGAAGUGGGUUUUGACGACAUGGACUGAUGACGAAUGCAAAGUGAUAAUGAAGAACUGCUACGACGCCCUCCCCGCCGGCGGCAAGCUGAUCGCCUGCGAGCCGGUGCUGCCGAGGGAUUCCGACGACAGUCGUAGGACGCGGGCCCUCCUAGAAGGAGACAUCUUUGUGAUGACAAUCUACAGGGCCAAAGGCAAGCACAGGACCGAGGAGGAGUUCCGGCAGCUCGGCCUCGCCGCCGGCUUUGCUCGAUUCCGGUCAUUCUACGUCGACCAUUUCUAUACCGUCUUGGAAUUCCAGAAGUGAAGAACUAUUUUGGGUCUUUCUUAGAUUAUUAUUAUUAUUAUUAUGAAAGGAAGUGCAGAAUCUUAUUUGGAGACGAUCUCUUGCCACUGUCAUUUGUGUAAGAUACUAAGCUUGGUGUCUCUGAAGAGUGAGCUUUGGGCUAACCCAUUUUAAAUCAAUGGUUUGUAAGCAAAGUUAUUUGUUUUUGAAAGUUCAUGCGAUAAAAUUUUUAUGAC